AUGUUUCAACUGAAUACACACAUUAUUCCUUUUGCUUGCAGCCUAAUUCCAUUGACUGUUGGUAUUUAUUUUGCUAGAAAGUAUUUUAACGGGCCAACUGUCAGUGAAAAAUUACUGAAAUCAUCAGAUUUGACAGGUAAGAUUGUUAUUGUCACUGGAGCAAGUGCUGGUGGAAUAGGAUUUGAAACUAGCAAAGUAUUGCACAGAUUGGGAGCAACAGUUGUGUUGGCUGUCAGAAAUCAACUGGCUGGUGACAAGGCUAAAGAAUUAAUCGAAAAGGAAAAUGGAAAUUCUGACAAAUUAAUUGUAAUGCUCAUCGACUUAGCAGAUUUAGCUUCUGUUAAGAAAUUUACAGAACUUUUCAUGUCAAAAUUCAAUCAGCUUGACAUUUUAAUUAACAAUGCAGGAAUCAUGUCAAUUUACGGAACUACCAAACAAGGAGUGGAACUUUUAUUUGGAAGCAACCAUUUGGGCCACUUUCUUCUCACACACUUACUUUUGAAUUUGCUUAAAAAAUCCAAAGAUGGUCGAAUUAUUAAUUUGACAUCUGUCUCUGCAAAUUCAAAUUUGGAAUUUAUUGAAAAAUACGCAAAUUUUGAAUUGGAGUCAUUGAUUGGAGAUUGUAAGACAUCACAUCCCAAUAAUUUUGCACUUUACAGGAGAUCCAAGUUGGCCAAUAUUUUAUUUAGCAAAAAAUUAAGCAGAGAACUAGCUCUAGAUUCUUCCAAUUUAGUUCAAUGUUAUUCUAAUCAUCCAGGAACUGUAAAGUCAAAUAUGGGAAAGCACAUGCCUCUAUUAUUCAGAUUAUGCACCAAAAUCUUCCUCUUUCCAAUACUUGCCUUAGUUUUGAAGAGUACUUAUCAAGGAGCUCAAACAACAAUUCAUUUGGCUCUUUCGAAUAAGAAAGAUUUGAAAUCGGGUAACUAUUAUGCUGAUUGUCAGGAAAAGGUUGGAUCCAUAUGA